AUGAAUAGUACUAGACUACGUCACAUUGAAAAUGCAUUAAAUAAUUUUAAUUUUAUUUCUCCUUUGGAUAUUUAUAUGCGUUUAUAUUUUAAAAGUAAUAACAUAAAGAAAAAGGACAAACCUUAUAUUUCAGAACAUGUUUAUAAUAUAAUAAAGAAUAAAACUUUAUUAUCAUAUUUAUCUUCUCCUAUUUCAUUAUAUACCAAUAUAAUUAAAACUUAUUUUUCAUCUGACAAAUGGAAAUAUGAAAUGAACAACGAGAGAAUCCCUGCACAUGUAAGAUACUCCUUCCCAAAAGAAUUAUAUGAUCAGUUAGUAAACUGCUACGGUGAAAAAAGAACUAUAACCUUAAUGUCUAUUUUGAACGAAAAAGCACCAAUUUUUUUACGAGUUAACAGUCAAAAAAUAUCAAGAAAUGAGUUGUAUAAAAUUUUAAUGAGCAAAGGAAUAUCAGUUGAAAAAUGUGUAAAUUCUCAACAUGGAUUACUACUUACAAAAAACCAAAUAUUGAAAAAUAUUCAUGAAUACAAAAAAGGAUAUUUUGAAAUUCAAGAUGAAGCUAGUCAAAUAGUUAGCUCUAAAAUACCUGUAAAGCCAGGCUAUAAAGUACUUGAUUAUUGCGCGGGUUCAGGUGGAAAAACGUUAGCUUUUUCAAAUUAUAUGGAAAAUACUGGGAAAAUAUAUUUACAUGAUAUAAGAGAUAAGAUGCUAUCACAAGCAAAAAUUAGAUUAAGAAGAGCUGGAAUCCAAAAUUACAUUCUUUUAAAUUCUAAUCACAUUUUAUUAAAAAAAUUAUUUGGAUAUAUGGAUACAGUAAUUGUUGAUGCACCUUGUACAGGUACGGGUGCAUUAAGAAGAAAUCCAGAAAUGAAAUAUAAAUUUACAAAUGAUAAAUUGUAUGAUUAUGUAAAUUUACAAAGACAGAUUUUUGAAAAAGCCUUGCUUUACCUUAAAAAAAAUGGAAAAAUUGUAUAUAUAACAUGUAGUAUAUUAGAUGCUGAAAAUGUUCAUCAAGCUAAAUAUUUUUGUCAAAAACAUAAUUUAUAUUUAUCUGAACCACCGUUUCAUUCACUACCUCAAUCAAAAUCAAUGGAUGGUUUUUUUUUAGCAAUUUUUGAAAGAAAAGAGUGA